GAGGUGUCACUUUUUCAAGCUCCCAAAGCAGCCGUCACCACCGCACCUCACUCAAUGUCUCACAAAACUAGAAUAAGGGGAGGCGAGAAAUGCGGAACCUCUUUUUACUAUAAAUCGCUUCGGAGAUCCGAUCAUAUCGAUCGCCGGAUAGUUCUCCUGAAGCUACCGGGAAAGACUUCUUAGUGUUUUACGGCGAGAGAGGGACUUUCCAAGAUUUUUUAUUGUGUUUCUGUAAUUUUGGUUUUCGAUGGCUUCGGAGGAUGUGAAGACUAGUAAAUCCGCGGUUUCGACAAUCGUUAAUCUAGCGGAGGAAGCGAAGCUCGCGAGAGAGGGUGUCAAGGCCCCUAGCUAUGCUAUUCUUAGCAUCUGCAAGUCUCUUGUUGCGGGCGGCGUCGCCGGUGGAGUAUCACGAACUGCCGUUGCUCCUUUGGAACGUUUAAAGAUAUUACUUCAGGUUCAGAAUCCACAUAGUAUAAAAUACAAUGGAACAAUUCAAGGCUUGAAGUACAUUUGGAGAACUGAAGGUUUUCGUGGAUUAUUCAAAGGCAAUGGUACUAAUUGUGCACGCAUUGUUCCAAACUCUGCUGUGAAAUUCUUCAGCUACGAGCAAGCUUCAAAGGGAAUCCUGUAUCUGUAUCAACAGCAAACUGGCAACGAAGAUGCUCAACUCACUCCUCUUUUACGCCUUGGAGCUGGAGCAUGUGCUGGAAUAAUUGCCAUGUCUGCAACUUACCCAAUGGACAUGGUACGAGGCAGGCUCACUGUACAGACAGAAAGCUCUCCUUAUCAGUAUAGAGGAAUGUUCCAUGCUCUGUCAACUGUGUUGCGGCAAGAAGGCCCACGGGCAUUGUACAAUGGUUGGCUUCCUUCGGUCAUUGGAGUUAUACCAUAUGUGGGUUUGAACUUUGCUGUGUAUGAGUCUCUAAAAGAUUGGUUAAUCAAAAGUAAAAAAUUUGGAUUGGUUGAGGACUCUGAGUUGAGUGUGACGACCAGGCUUGCUUGUGGGGCUGCUGCUGGAACUGUUGGCCAAACUGUUGCUUACCCUCUUGAUGUGAUUCGUAGAAGAAUGCAAAUGGUAGGAUGGAAAGAUGCUGCCUCAGUUGUCACUGGUGAUGGGAGGAACAAGGCUCCUCUUGAGUAUACUGGCAUGAUUGAUGCAUUCAGGAAAACUGUUAGGCAUGAGGGCUUUGGAGCACUAUACAAGGGUCUGGUCCCUAAUUCUGUGAAGGUUGUACCAUCAAUAGCUAUCGCAUUUGUGACAUAUGAGAUGGUGAAGGACAUUUUAGGAGUUGAGAUGAGAAUAUCGGACUGAAUCAGGAGCAAUUCAACAUGAUGUUUAUGGUAUGUGUGCUAUUUUUGUAGGCAAGGGGAUAGAGAGCAAGAUAAACUAGGAAUGGUCUUUUAACCUUUUUGUCUCUCAGAAUGAGUUUAGAAACUUGUUCGAGCCUGUCGAUAAUUUCUUCGCAUGGUUUCCAAUGUUUCCUUGUGACGCUGUGGCUUUCAGCUCCUCAUUCAUGUGCUUGUGUUAAUAAGGUUGAAGGAACAAUGUGAGUAGCGCAGUUGCCUGCCUCUGCAUAAAAGUUGAGAAAGCAAUUUCAAAGCCUUCUCUGCAUAAAAGUUGCGUUACAGUUCUUUGAUGUAGUAGACAUUUUAGCUCAAUAAGUAGAUUUGAUUGAUCUUUAAUAUGAAGUGAAUAAUGCAGUUAGUUAAGGUCAAGGCAUGUUGGAAUUUCAACUAUUCUAGGGACAAUAACUCAGCAUGCGUGUGUUCAUUAGACCUACCAAUUCAUGUAUUUAUGUUGUGUAAAAACAUUGAUAAUUCAUGUACUUAUAUCGUAGUUUAUACGAAAAUUACGAAUUACAAUUUGUGUCAAUAUGAAAAAC